CAUCUCCAGCAGCAGCAGCAAUAUGUGCAACUACAACAGCAACACCAGUCGUAUUUUUCCCUGCAACAUCAGCAGCAGCAGCCACAGCAACAACAUCUCCCGUCCAGCAGCAACUCCAGCGAGGUGGCUGCAUCGGGAUCAGGAUUGGGACCGGCUGACCUUCAGUUUGACACCCUUAACAACAAUAAUCACAGCAACGGCAGCUCAGAACAGCCAACAAAUGGAGCCACUGACACACAGAAGCGUCGCUCCCUGCUCAAUUUCAAGUCCCUCGACUUCCAUCUCAAAUCCCUGUACAGUGGCCUCAGGAGUCACUCCUCUGCCGGCACUGGGGCCAGUUCCAGUCAGCCAAAUAGCUCUGCACCGGCAGUGGAUCAGGUUCAACGAAGGAUGCCAUAUCUGCGGGUGGAGAGCGUUGACCCUGAAGGCGAGACGGGUCUUCGAAGGACCCGUGAUGGCGAUGGCAGCGAUGGAACAGCACUCUCAGGACAUUCCCCCAGCUUCCUAUCACCCUACAGCGGAACAGGUGCCGGAGGAGCAGUUAGCCUUCAGCUGCCUUCAGCAGAUGCGGCCACCAUUAGAAGAUCCUCAACUUCCGAUAUAGUGAAUUGCAAAAAGGGUGCUAGUGGAGGGACAGGGACAGGAGGAGCAGGAGCAGGAGCAGGUGCAGCUGGGUCCGCCCAGGAUAGCAGAAGGCCCAGCACCUCGGAUUUGCUUCGAAGGGCCAGGGAACGUAAGGGUAGUGAGGCCCGGAUGGGUCGAAGUGUUUCGCAUAGUGGUCUGACCAGAGGCGGAGCCUUCGGUGGGGGCGGUGGCUUGGGGGGCAGGAGAACCAGCAUGGCCUUCUAAUAGAAAAUAUGAAGAAAAAAAAACCGAUACGAAAAGGAAAAUAUUGAGAACAAGUUGAGGGACAUACGCUGCAUAAAAAAGUAAGCUUGAAAAUAUUACGAAAAUGGGAAAAUAUUGGUUAAUAAUGUGGGGGUUCCAUGAACCCCUAGACUAACAAAAAUACAACUUUUUUGAAAAAUGGAUUCUAAAAUUAUAAAGAGAUUAAAUAAUACGGCAGUUAGGGAUAUAGGUUUGGAAAAUCCUCUGAGAAUCAGAGGAAAGUUAAGAAAAUAAAGGGGUCUGCUAAACAUAAUGGGUGCAAUAUAUGCUAAAAAAACUGUUGAUCAAAUCUGAUUCAGAAAUCGGCUGACAAAAUGGCGCUUAUGAAUUUUUAUCUAGUAAAGAAUAUAAACAAAAAAAUCAAUAAUAAAACUAGUAAGAAAGGGACUUUUUUGUGGAUCUAUCCUUACGAUUAUUAUGGUCUAUUAUGCCUAGGACUCGAAAAUAAUUAAAGAUAGUAGAUAAUGGAAAAGCGUUAAGCAAAGGAACAUAACAUUUCAUAUCUUUAACUCUCUCUAUCUCGCUCUCCAUUCUUCCUCUCUCUGUCUCUCUAUGAAGCCCCAGCAAUUGAAUCUAUAUAUUUAAAUAUCCCUCGUGCAUCACAUCGUCCCAACUUUUAUGACAAUAUUAGAUCCUAACUAUCGUGUACUAUCGUUAACUAUCGCCUGGCAAAUGCUCUGAAAAACUAACCUGCGUUCUGGCCCCUAAAAAGAAAAUAGGAAAAACUGAAGAAGAUAGAAAGAGAAAACAAAAAGCUAAUAUAAAGAUCGAUCCAUAAUCAUCUUACUGUGAGAGUUCAUAUCAGUGGAAACCCAAAAGCAAGAAAACUAACAAAAAUAUGAAAGGACAAGCAAAAGAAACCUUGUAUGAAUGUCUUUCGGAUUAUUCGAUUUGUAGACUUAACGAAUGUUAAAAUGAUUUGUAACGAAUGGAGGAGCGACUAGCGAUUAGCGAUAGCAAUUUACGAUUAACGAUUAAAACGAUAAACGCAGUGUGGGAGUUCAUCAGAUAAAUCAAUUUUAGCUAAACGAAAAUUUAACUAAUGAAAACCAAAAUGAAAAACAAUGAACAAUUCAAAUCAAAUCUUAUUAUAUAGACAUUACUAGCAUUAUGUAGUUAAACGAUAACAAUUCAAGCGAACAUUUUUUAAAUCAACAAAAACAAAAAAAAAAA